AUGGCAACAACCCUAAAAGAAUUUGCUCAAUUAGAGCCCCUCUGGGACAAAGCAAUUCAGUCCCCAGGAGAUAUCUCAUUAGGGGAGAAAUACUUGCUGAUGGAAUGGCCGCCCCAAGACGAGAUGCAAGCUAACGCCAAUAAAUACCUGGGCAUGUCGGUGGAAGACUUGUUUCGAAAGGCUAGCGGAGACCCUCACUCCCUGACAUACCCGGAAUGUCGUCUCAUUCGCGAUAACUUCCGCAUUAUUGGAAUCCUCGACCAGGGUGAUCGAUUCUGUUGGCGGCGGAAGCGUCCCGACCUUUACACUAAGAGAAAUCAGGCCCGAGAGGCUGUGUUAACAUCAACUGAGCUAUAUGCCGUCCAAGCUGUGGAUGAACUAUUCUAUCAAAAAGAAGAAGAGGCCUUUGAGGCAAAUGAAGAAAAGCGACAGCAAAAACCGCCACGACAUAUGCCGCGAGAGUGGGUACAAAAGAUCAUUGAUCGAACAGACGAUAAGAGCUGGGGUUACGUUUUCUAUCAUCCUAAGGGUAUGGCCGGAUGGGAUGCGCUUAUGGAAUUAUUUAAGGGCGUUUUUGAGAUGCCCUUGUAUUUCAACGGGUAUGAAGAAAUACACGAUUUCAAAUUCGCUCAAUUCAUCCCAGUUGAGACAGAAGAGGCAGAAAUAGGAUAUUUGAAGCAGGAAUUUCUAAGCCGUCGUGAGAGAGGUGACCUAAAACCUGGUGUUAUGAAAAAUGUGUUCUUCUUCAUAACGGAUGAAGAUCUUUUAUCUUGUGGCACAUACGGCCCAGAUCAGUUUUAUGGACAUCUUUUGGCGAUCGAUCCCGACUGGCCUUUAUCAAGACUUGAUGAAGAUGAUGAUGGUUAUAAUGGCCAACUUAAAAUCAAUAUAGCGCUAAUAUUCUACCGAUUCUACGAAUUCAUGUCCAUGGAGUAUUCACUGAAGGAUAUUUGGCGGGAUUUCCAUUUCGUGAAUUCUAAUAAGCUAUACCCAGCCUCCUGGGGGGAGCUAGAAGCUUGGUGCAUUACGCACCUUGAUCAGCCUGUAUGGCCUUGGAAUUGA